AUGGAGCCACAGAGAUCUACAGAGGCCAAGCUUGAUGAUGGGGUGAAUCGAUUUUUGGACGAGUACUUCAAGUUGUCCGAUAUCCGGGAACGUACCACGGAAUACGUCAACAUGUUCACCGAGGAUGCGGCUUUUAUCCUAGACUCGCAGCCGUGCAAGGGGACAGCAGAAAUAACUUCUGCAAUGGAAGCCCUGUGGGCGACUAUUUCGUGGCGUAAGCACACGAUACGUGACGCAUCCCCAUACGGUAACAACCCCGACCAGGUCGAGAUUCACGGGUCCGUAGAUCUAGGGUUGCUGGACGGACAAACCAGGACUCUUGUCUUUUCCUCGAGAGGACAUCUAACUCCGGUCGAGUCUGAGUGGGGAUACAAGUGGGAUUCUUAUCAGGUCUUUAUUGACCUGGCCGCUUUGGCUUAG